ACAAAAACGCGCAGAAAUCCAAACAGUAGAUAGAUAGAUAGAAUUGAAAUGAAUUGAAUUGAAUUGAAUUGCAUAUAUAAUAUUAUUUUAUUUUUUCUGGUGCUCCAUUUCCAAUUUCCAAUCUGUGAAGUUGUUUGUUUGGCCAAGAAUACGUGGCGGCUAAGCUUCGUUGCUAAUUUUUGUGUUGCAAAUUAGAGAAAAAUGGCGACUUUGAAUGUGUUCUCUCAGACACUGCACCCUACAAUUUCAUCUUUUUGCUGUUUUUCUAAUUCUAACAAUUCUAAAUUUCAUUUCUUUUCCAAUUCCCUUUCCUCCCACUUCUCAAAGUCAGGCAGUGGAAGUUCAUGGAUGCAAAGUAGCUCCCCUGCAGCCAGCAUUGAGCACAAGAAGGGUCCUGUAUAUUCAGUAUUUCCUUCAACACCUGCCCAAGUUUCCUCUGUGCAAGACCUGUUUGAAUUUAUUUGCUCAGGACCUUUGGUUGAAAAAAUUGGUUUGACGCAAGAGAAGGUGGCCGAGUCUAUAGAUAAGUGGUUAUCGUAUGGGCGGCAACUAUGCAGACUAUUUCAGCUUAAUGAAUUGUUUUUGACAGAGCCUCAAAAAGUUAGGCUUUAUCAUUACUAUAUACCAGUCUUCCUCUGGUGUGAAAGUGAGAUUGUUCAGCAUCAGUCCAAAUUCAAAGAUGAAGAAGAUAUACCUCCAUUAGUGAUUGGAUUUAGUGCUCCUCAAGGCUGUGGAAAGACAACCCUUGUCUUUGCUCUUGACUACCUUUUCCAAAUGAUUGGCAGGAAGUCAGCAACAAUAUCGAUAGAUGAUUUUUAUUUGACGGCUGAAGGUCAGAAUAAACUAAGGGAAGCUAAUCAAGGAAAUGCACUUCUUGAGUUUCGUGGAAAUGCAGGAAGCCAUGAUCUUGCUUUUUCUGUUGAAACUCUGACAGCCUUAACCAAAAUGUCCAAAGAAGGUACCAAGAUGAAGUUACCAAGAUAUGAUAAAUCUGCAUUUGGUGGGAGAGGUGAUCGGGCUGAUCCAUCGACAUGGCCUGAAAUUGAAGGGCCCCUAACAGUUGUGUUGUUUGAAGGCUGGAUGCUUGGUUUCAAACCCCUUCCAGUUGAUGCUGUAACGUCCGUUGAUCCCCAGCUAGAAACAGUAAAUAAAAGCCUUGAAGCUUAUUAUGAUGCAUGGGACAAAUAUAUAGAUUCAUGGAUAGUCAUUAAGAUUAAGGACCCAAAUUGCGUCUUUCAGUGGCGCUUGCAGGCUGAGAUUGCAAUGAGGGAAGCAGGCAAUCCUGGAAUGUCUGAUGAUGAGGUGAGAGAUUUUGUUUCUCGCUACCUGCCAGCAUACAAUGCAUACCUUCCUACACUUUAUUCGCAGGGUCCGAAUGGAUCAGAUCCUCAACAUCUACUAUCCAUCGAAAUAGACGAAAAGAGAAACCCAAUCCUAGGUGUCUAGUUUAACUAGAUGAUAGGAUAUUGCUGGCUCUUCCAUUCUUUGAGAGAAUCUGAAUGGCCACUCGGCGUUGAUUACUUUCAUCACCGGUGGAUAUAAGUCAAUGUAUCAGCUCUAUUUUUCCUUGAAAUGUAUAGAGAAUAUUUUUAUCAAACACAUAAUAAGGCCUAAUGCUUUCUAGUUUUUCUUAUGGAAUAAAUGGCUAUUGGUACCACAGAAAAUAGAAACAUGGACUACUAGUUAUUGAUAAAUGUAUUAUUAGCGAAAAUCAUGAUUAUCAUCA